GCGUAAACAAUUACGCACGCCCGAACCACGCGUCCUUCUCCCAUGGCGACCAAAUGCACCUGUGUCGCUUAUCAAGGAUGGAGAGGUCUCUCACAGAGAGUCAAAUAUCGCAGAUAGCGAAACACCAGAGAGAGGCCGGUGUGCAGAGGCUGAGCCGUCACUUCUCAUGGCCUGAGUUCUCUGAUGAGCGCCGGUGCUUCCAUCAGGAGUUUGUGUUUGACGUUGCCAUGUUUGCGGUGACCCGUGGCUUCUCCUGGGCUGACGUGAUCCGGGCAGCUGUGCUCGCCAAAGGCAUCUUCCCUCAGCUGGACGGUUUCGAUGUUCCCAAACUAUUAUCCCAGCUGAGAAAUGCUCUGAUCGAGUAUUUGCCGAACCUCACCCCUGUGCACCAACACGACUUCACCCAGUUCCUCACACGCACCCUCACUGCCCGGCGGAGGCUUUUCCACGCGGCUGUGAGUGGAGCUACCAACAUGUCCGUCACUCGGCUUCACCUGGAGGUGCAGGUACCGCCCUCACCCUGUCCUCUGGCACAGGGUACAGAUCUGCAGGAGUGGGAGCAUCAGCGGCAUCAAGAGGAGCUAACUUCAAUGUUGCGACAGAAGGAGGAGAAGCUGCGGAGUCUCAGAAAGGAGUCAAGGGUCACUCUGGGCGAGGUGGAUAUUCCUCAGGAUGAGCAACUGGACAAAGAGGGUGUUCUGGCGUUGGUGCGUGCAGCAGUGAGGGCCACAGAGGGCCAGAUGCUGGAGAGUCUGAACCGAGAAGCAUCUCUGCUCGCUGACAUCCUGCACAUCAAACUGCAGCAGGCGGCGACGGACAACCAAAGGCUCCACAAACCUGUUUCUCCCAACCAUACCGGCUUACAAAAGCAUGACUGA